UUGCAAUUUUUGAGUGGGGAUGGGAAAAGUUUGCAGGACACAUUAAAUAGGAAUAGCAUACGAACCAAUUAGUUCAGUUGCUAAAUAUUUUUACGACAGCAAAUAUCAAAUCAGUUAGUGGCAAAGUAAUUUGUUAAAUGUUAUAAUUUAAAUUGUAUAAAAGUAACCGCUUCUAAAAUAAUAUAUACUGAGUGUCAUACGGAUCAUAUAUAAUUUUCAUAAGAUGCUUCAUCAAAAUAACUUCGAAAUAAACUCAAUAAAAAAGAUGAAUACCGAUAAUGUUCCGACGCCACCUGACGAUAAACAAUUGUUGAAUAGACCAAAUUUAAUACAAAAACCAAGUAAUUUCUCGAUCGAUCACAUUCUAAAUAGUGCUGGAAGUACCAAAGAUAAAUAUAGAUCUAAAGGUGGUGACACGGAUAAAAAUGAACAUUAUUUUAUGGAAACUCAAGUUCAUCAAUAUCCACCAAUUUUGAAUUGGCUUCAAUAUACCCGAUAUAAACCACCGCGUUUGCCACGACCACUUCGAAAUGGACCAAUCAAGCGUACUCCCGGUCGUCUGCCUCGCAUUCCAUUUACACCAUAUCAAUUGAAUGAACUUGAAACGGCUUAUAAACGUGCCAAUUAUUUAAGUUCGGAAGAUGCAAACAAAUUGGCCAUUCGUCUAGAUUUAACUUGUAUGCGAGUGAAAAUUUGGUUUCAAAAUCGAAGAGCGCGCGAAAGACGAGAAAAACGAGAAUUGAAUACAACGGCAACAUCAUUUUCACCAAAUAUUAAUGCAUGUGCGAUGUAAAUUACUACUUAA